AUGUCUUACGAUCCUAAGAACGAGGACGCUCUCUUUGCCAAGGAGGUGGAGCAGGUGAAGCGCUGGUGGCAGGAGCCCCGCUUCGCCCGCGUCACCCGCCCUUACACCGCCGAGCAGGUCGUGUCCAAGCGCGGUACCGUCCAGGCCGAGUACCUGUCGAACCUCCAGGCCAAGAAGCUCUACAACCUUCUCGCCAAGCACGCUGAGAAUGGCUCGACCUCGCACACCUACGGUGCUCUCGACCCUGUCCAGGUGACCCAGAUGGCCAAGUACCUCGAGACUGUCUACGUCUCGGGCUGGCAGAGCUCGUCGACCGCUAGCUCGACCAACGAGCCCGGUCCGGAUCUGGCUGACUACCCCUACAACACCGUGCCCAACAAGGUGGAGCACCUCUUCAUGGCCCAGCUCUUCCACGACCGCAAGCAGCAGGAGGCCCGCUUCCGCAUGUCUCCCCAGGAGCGUGCCAAGACCCCCUACGUCGACUACCUCCGUCCCAUUGUCGCUGACGCCGACACUGGUCACGGUGGUCUGACCGCCGUCAUGAAGCUCACCAAGCUCUUUGUCGAGAAGGGUGCCGCCGGUAUCCACAUCGAGGACCAGGCCCCUGGUACCAAGAAGUGCGGUCACAUGGCCGGUAAGGUGCUUGUUCCCAUCUCGGAGCACAUCAACCGUCUGAUUGCCAUCCGUCUCCAGUACGACAUCAUGGGUGUCGAGAACCUGGUUGUCGCCCGUACCGACUCGGAGGCUGCCACGCUCAUCACCACCAACGUGGACGAGCGCGACCACGCCUUCAUCCUCGGUACCACCAACCCCGGCCAGCAGCCCCUCGUCGACGUGAUGAACGCUGCCGAGCGCCAGGGCAAGACUGGCGACGAACUCCAGGCCGUUGAGGACAACUGGACCGCCAACGCCGGUCUCUGCCUCUUCUCGGACGCUGUUGUCGAGUUCAUGGCCAAGAACGGCAAGUCGGAGCAGGUCCAGAAGGAGUUCAAGGCCGCUGCUGCCAAGCUCUCCAACGCCCAGGCUCGUGCCCUUGCUAAGAACUACGGCAUCGACGAGACCGCCGGCUUCUUCUGGGACUGGGACGCUCCCCGUACCCGUGAGGGUUACUACCAGUACCGCGGCGGCACCCAGUGCGCCGUCAACCGUGCUGCUGCCUUUGCGCCUUACGCCGACCUCCUCUGGAUGGAGACCAAGUCGCCCAUCCUCUCGCAGGCCAAGGAGUUCGCCGAGGGUGUCCGCGCCAUCCACCCCGGCCAGUGGCUCGCGUACAACCUGUCGCCUUCGUUCAACUGGGACGCUGCCAAGCUCUCGGAGAAGCAGAUGCAGGAGUACGUGUGGGACCUCGGCAAGCUCGGCUUCGUCUGGCAGUUCAUCACGCUGGGUGGUCUCCACUCGAACGCUUACAUCAGCGACCUGUUCGCCAAGGGCUUCGCCAAGGAGGGCAUGAAGGCCUACGUCUCCAUUGUCCAGCGCAAGGAGCGUGAGGUUGGCUGCGACGUCCUCACCCACCAGAAGUGGAGCGGUGCCGACUUUGUCGACAACCUCCUCAAGACGGUCACUGGUGGUGUCUCGUCCACCGCUGCCAUGGGCAAGGGUGUGACCGAGAGCCAGUUCAAGUAA